AUGACGUAUGACCAAGCCUUUUGCUUAUGGUCCGCACUACAUGCCUCUGCCGUCAAGCAAACUAGUCCUCCUUUCGUGGAUCUUCGAGACGUGCUCCAAACGCAACCCUCCUUCCCGCGGAACUUAAGCAUAAAGUGCGAGAAAAUUGCCAACGAGAAGCGGCUCUACGCUUCUGGCUACUCGACAUGGGGCACAUCAGCGUCGCGCUGCCGGCGUCGCUUGCCGUCCUUCCAGCUGCCAGCACGGAUCGAAGUAGCGUCGAAGAGCAUGGUCACAUUGAUUACCGAAGAAUCGACGGCCGGCCUCCACCAACAAUGGUUUUAUGGUAGCCGAAAUUUCAUCGGUGUCCUUGCCUUGGCGUGGUCCUACAUUCUCUCUGCCCGGUGGGCUGAGGUGAUGCCUGGGCCUUGUACACUCACAUAUAACGAGGAGAUGGUUGCGAAGAACAGCCCGGAAGAGAGCCCGGCUGAAAACGGUGCCAUCGUUGUGGAUAUUGGAGAGACGAGUUCCGACGAGGCCCGGUGGUGGUCUGCCGUUUUGGCAGAAGAUCACGGCUGGCGUGCUACUAUGACGUUUGAUGGCGAGGCGUUUGUGGCCCCCUGGUCCGUCCAUCGUAAGGGCGGUCAGCGAUUGGUGCUGGCAGCUAACCUCGCUACUUCGACGCGUCGCCCCUCUCCGUCGGGGCCAUCCUCUGUGGAUGCCAUGCGUUUUCUUCGAAAGUUCUGCGAUCGCCAUGACAUCUUUGCCCAAAGCCACGCUGCACUUGCCGCCGUUCUCUUGUUUCCUUUUAUGGGCCGGAGUCAACCCUUACGGCUGCCUGUUUCCCUGCCCGAGAACACGAAUGCACGCGCACAGACGGCCGCACAGGACACCGGAACCCCUGGCGCUCUUGGCCCGUCACCUGCAAUGCGGUUUCUGCUUGGCUUCAAGGAGAAAUGGCUGCCAUCGAUCGUCUCGCCCGGCACGAUCCCCUUGUGCUGGGCCGUAUGCUGA